CAUCUUCUUCUUCAUUAUUACCCUAACUAAAUCUAGCGGCAAGCAACUACCUCUCUCUCUCUACCUCUGUAAUAUUUCAACGUGUCUCAACUUCACAGCUCAGAAGUUUUCUCACAUUCGAAAUCGUCACUCCACGAUUGAGAAGGAAGCUAAUCGGUUUCUCUCAUUUUUUUUUCUGGAACUCGAGAGAUCUGAAAGUUUUUUUUCUGGUUUGUUUGUUCUGGAUCGAGAUCCUAUUCACCGUCUGUCCGAUCGUCGUUAUUAAUCGAAGUAUUAUCUACAGAUAACAAGCUCGAUCUUCUGACGUGACUGAAAAAAAGUAAAGAAGAGACUUUUUACAUCUUACAUGGAGUAAAAGAAUGCGAGAGUUAAGAAGUGGAGCUAGGAGAUCGAGACGCAUUGAAGAUCAUCAGCAUAACCCUCAGCUAGUUGUCCAGCAAGCAGAUAAUAUCCUACUUCCUCCUCCUCAGACUGCUACACGGAGAAGAGGUGGUGGUAGAGGAAGGGGGAAUAAUGCUGCUGCUUUAGCUAAAGGCGCGGUACCUCCUAGACCAACUGCUGCUGCUGGUAGGGGCAGGGGUAUUAUCAGGUUGACUGACUUUGCGCCUGAACCUUGUGAGGUUCGUCCAGCUGAUAAGGAUAUUGCUGUUGAAGGCGGAAGCCCAGAGAAAAUAGCAGGCAUGGAAGAAGAUUCCACCAUGGGUCCAGUCCCUGAAAGGGUACAAGUUGGAAAUUCUCCUGUUUAUAAGACGGAGAGGAAACUCGGUAAGGGUGGCUUUGGUCAAGUUUAUGUUGGCAGAAGGGUGAGCGGUGGAAGUGAUAGGAUUGGAGCAGAUGCAAUUGAGGUAGCUCUGAAACUUGAACACAGAAAUAGUAAAGGAUGUAAUUUUGGCCCACCUUACGAGUGGCAAGUGUACAAUACGCUCAAUAGCUGUUAUGGAAUUCCUGCUGUACAUCAUAAGGGUCGUCAAGGAGAUUUUUACAUCCUGGUCAUGGACAUGCUCGGCCCUAGUCUCUGGGAUGUUUGGAACUCUUUGGCUCAAUCGAUGUCACCAAACAUGGUAGCGUGCAUUGCAGUGGAGGCCAUAUCUAUUCUUGAGAAACUGCAUAUGAAGGGGUUUGUGCAUGAAGAUGUGAAACCAGAAAACUUUUUACUUGGUCAGCCAGGAACAGCAGACGAGAAGAAACUAUACCUUAUCGAUCUCGGUCUAGCAUCAAGAUGGAAAGAUUCGCACUCUGGCCAGCAUGUUGAGUAUGAUCAAAAACCAGAUGUAUUCAGGGGAACGAUACGGUAUGCAAGCUGUCAUGCACAUCUUGGUCGUACUGGAAGUCGGAGAGAUGAUCUAGAGUCACUGGCUUAUACGUUAAUAUUUCUGAUGCGGGGGAAGUUGCCAUGGCAAGGUUAUCAGGGUGACAACAAGAGCUUUCUUGUUUGCAAGAAAAAGAUGUCAACCUCUCCUGAAUUGAUGUGCUGUUUCUGUCCUCCCCCGUUCAAGCUUUUCCUGGAGGCAGUUACUAACAUGAAGUUUGACGAGGAGCCCAACUACGCCAAGCUUAUCUCGAUUUUUGAUACUCUCAUCGAGCCAUGUGCUAUAUCUAGACCGAUUAGAAUUGACGGUGCUCUGAAGGUUGGCCAAAAACGAGGAAGAUUGCUUAUCAAUUUGGAAGAGGAUGAACAGCCGAGGAAGAAAAUCAGAAUCGGAAGUCCUGCUACCCAGUGGAUUUCAGUCUAUAAUGCACGUCGUCCUAUGAAACAGAGAUAUCAUUACAAUGUUGCGGAGACAAGGCUGGCACAGCAUGUAGAGAAAGGUAACGAGGAUGGCCUUUACAUAAGCUGUGUAGCAUCAGCAGCUAAUCUCUGGGCCCUCAUCAUGGAUGCUGGGACUGGGUUCAGCUCUCAAGUCUAUGAAUUGUCCACAGUCUUCUUGCACAAGGACUGGAUCAUGGAACAAUGGGAAAAGAACUACUAUAUCAGUUCCAUAGCUGGUGCUGAUAACGGAAGCUCGUUGGUCGUUAUGUCGAAAGGAACUCCUUAUACCCAGCAAUCUUACAAAGUCAGCGACUCAUUCCCAUUCAAAUGGAUAAAUAAAAAGUGGAAAGAAGGGUUUCAUGUAACCUCCAUGACCACUGCUGGGAGUCGUUGGGGUAUAGUAAUGUCCAGAAACUCAGGCUAUUCCGAACAGGUGGUGGAGCUGGACUUUUUGUACCCAAGUGAAGGAAUCCAUAGAAGGUGGGAGAGUGGAUUCAGGAUAACAUCAAUGGCUGCAACGGCAGAUCAAGCAGCUCUCAUAUUGAGUAUACCUAAACGAAAAAUAACCGAUGAAACCCAAGAGACUCUUCGCACUUCUGCUUUCCCAAGCACCCAUGUCAAGGACAAAUGGGCGAAAAAUUUGUACAUUGCAUCAAUAUGCUAUGGUCGGACUGUUUCCUGAAUAAACGCUAGAGUAUAAUGUCUUAACUUCUCUCACUCUCGCCGCUAUAGCCUCUAGGGAUUAUUUUACCUAUAAACCUCACAACGUGAAGCUUUGGUUACAGUACAAUCCAAAGGUAAACCAAGAGCCAAUGUAUACGCUGCUUAUUAGAGGGUUGCACUUACUAUGUGUUAUAAAUACCAACAUUAUUAUGCAUAGUUCCCUCGUGCGAGUUUAAUGUUUCGGGUUCAAGCCCAUUUAGCUUGGCACAUAAGUAGCUUAUGAAGGUGAUAUUAUAAUGCUCAAAGUAUGCUUUUGAAUGUGAUAUAAUUCUUAUUUGGUUGUAUAUUUCGAAUGAAUCAUGCAUCGUA